AGGUGGAUCCUAGGAGCUAUAAAGCCUUUCUCUGCCCUUGGGAACUGGUGAGGACUGCCUGGCCAGAGUCUGGUUUACUGACGCCAUGGGCACCCGACACCUCCUGGCUCUGUUUCUCAUCCUCCUGGUAUUGGGAUUCGAGGUCCAAGGGAACCCGGUAGCCCCGCAAGACGAGGUCACCAGCCCCUCGCUGCUCUCCCAGAUGCAAGAGUCACUCUUUGGUUACUGGGAUUCAGCCAAAGCAGCUGCCCACACCCUGUACGAGAAGACCUAUUUGCUCUCCAUGGACGAAAAAAUCAGGGACAUGUAUGACAAAAGCUCGGCGGCUGUGAGCACUUACGCAGGAAUUUUUACUGACCAGGUUCUUCAUCUACUGAAUGGAGAAGAGUAACAGCUGGGCCCCUAAUCACCGGGAAAGGGAGUGUGCAGGGGGAGGGGAAAGUCCAGACCCCAGCAACUCCUUGGCUCCCUGACCUAACCCCCCCACUUCCUAGCAGCUCUCAGCAUCCUGUUCCCAACAUUAACUUGAUUUCUUACCCGUGUAAAAAAAAAAAAACAAAAAACCAAGUUUAUUCUCUUUGAUGUGGUUGCUUUUCUGAGAUCUUAGGGGCCAAGAUGGAGGGACUCAUUCAGUCCAGCCAACAUUUAUUGAGUGCCUAUUGUAUAUAUGUAGCUGUAACCUACCUGGUUAGUGGAAAUAAAAGAGGUGAAUAACAAUAUACAAUCAUUACAAAAUUA